GUGGUGGUGGAGGAGGAGGCCGUACAAGGCGCUCGCAAACUCGGCGCGUCGACAUGGGGAAGGAGAAGGCCGGCUUCCUCACGCCCAAGGCGAUCGCCAACCGCAUCAAGGCCAAGGGCCUACAGAAGCUGCGAUGGUAUUGCCAGAUGUGCCAGAAGCAGUGCCGAGACGAGAAUGGUUUCAAGUGCCACUGCUUGUCCGAGUCUCACCAGCGGCAGCUGUUGUUGGCCUCGGAAAACCCCGAGAACUUUAUGGACUUCUACUCAAAUGAAUUUUUGAGUGACUUCAUGGAACUUCUCAGUCGGAGAUUUGGAACCAAGAGGGUCCACAACAACAUGGUGUACAACGAGUACAUCUCGCACCGCGAGCACGUGCACAUGAACUCCACCAAGUGGGAGACGCUCACCGACUUGACCAAGUGGCUUGGCCGCGAAGGCUACUGCAAGGUGGAUGAGACGCCCAAGGGCUGGUACAUCCAGUACAUUGACCGUGACCCCGAGACGAUCCGGCGCCAGCAGGAGCUCGACAAGAAAAAGAAGCAGGACGUGGAUGACGAGGAACGCGCCGCGAAGUUCAUCGAAGAGCAGGUCCGGCGCGGCAAGGAGGGCGUCGAGGAGCAGGAGGAAACGUCCGUCUACACGGAGCUGAAGAGAGAGAGCGAAUCCCAGCUGGUGACGUUCAGCAUGGGGGCCGGCACCAGCACGUCGUCUGCAUCACUGAGACCCAGUGCCCUGGCGAGCGCAAUACAGCCGGGUGGUAGCACAAAGAGGAAAGAGAAGGGCCCCGUUGUGGGCGAGAAGGAUGGCAAGAAAAAGAAGUCUGCGCUCGAUGACAUCAUGGAGAUGGAAGAGCAGAAGAGGAAAGUGCAGAGAAGUGACUACUGGCUCCAUCCGGGUAUCGUGGUGAAGGUGAUUACCAAAAAGCUGGGGGACCGGUACUUCAAGAAGAAGGCUGUUGUUCAGGAGGUGCAGGGGAAGUACGUGGCGGUGGUACGCAUGACAGACUCGGGUGACAAGCUGAAGGUCGACCAGAUGCACGUGGAGACGGUGCUGCCAGCACUAGGCCGGAAGGUGCUGGUGCUGAACGGAGGCUACCGCGGUCUGGAGGCCGUGUUCAACGCCAUCCACGAGGACCGCUUCUGCGUCAGCAUCACCAUCGACUCGGGCCCCCUCAAGGGACGGAAGCUGGACAACAUUCCGUACGAGGACAUCUCCAAGCUCGCCUGAUGACGAUUUCCCACGACCUCUUUCUCAUCUUGGCAAUCGUCUCAAGAUUAAAAUGUCAUUCGGACCACCACAUCUCCUCCACCAGAUCCUGCAGUUGCCAAACGCACGGUCGAGACCUCCCCAGAUCACACCGCCAUCUGGCGUUAGGUCCUUACCCUUAUGGUUGCUGAACCGUAAGGAGAAGGUUGGUGGCCAGAACUAUAUAACAGGUGUAGCCACUUCAUUCCCAGUGUUUGUGGGUGCCAUUGGACUUCUUGAGGAUCAUCUGCCAUUGCUGAUAAAGUUUAUCCUGGGUCCCCCUACCCUCUGGCACAGCGUGUAAAAUAUACAGUCCUUUAAGAGGUCCACUCUCCAAAACCUAGGUGUUGUGGCACACACACGGACACACACGUUCCUGCGAUUUGUAAUUGAGGGUGGUAGAUCAUACGGACAUCCUCACAUUUGUUGAGACUUGCAACCGACCGGGCUGCCAAGGUCACAGUGGGGUGGCAGCACAGGAAAUAGAGUUCUUGACCCGCCUGUCUAGACUUGUUUAGCUUUGUCUGCUCAUACGCGCGGUGGGGUUUAUGCGGAUCCUUUGGUUUCCUCUCACGUGUGAAACACUCAUUGAAAAAAAAGGACAUUGUAUAAACGUUGUCAAUGCAGGAACCUCCUGAAAAAAAAAGUUGUGAGGCUUUCCUGGAUAAACAUAGAACUGUUUUUUUAUUAUAAUUGAUGCAGAAGCCACACAAACUGCAGGGACAUUUACACUGAGAGCAAGAACAUUUUACCGCGGCAUUUACAACCAGAAAAUCGGCUGUGAAGGUUUGGGAGUUUACAAAUCUAAAUUGUGAGUUCAUAGCAAAAUGUGACUAUCAUACGGCAUUGCUGCUUCCAAUGAGGCAUGUAGUGGUGUGGUUAAUGUAGAUCGACAGAAAUCAUUAUUUUUUUCCGAAGAUGCAUUUAACCGUGUGAUUCCACAAGAGAAGACAGUUAAAAAAUAUCAAAGUUUAGUUUUUUUCUUCUUGGUUCUUUCGGUAAAGUCACGUAGAAGGGAAAUAAUAAAAAUAAAACAAUAAAAUAAUUCUGACGUUUCAGCCACAACGCAAGUGGCCGUCCUUCAGACACUGUCUUCCCGACAGACCUGUUCUUCACCUGAGGACUGCUGCUUGCGUUGUGGCCGAAAAGUCGUGAGAAUUAUUUUAUUAUGUUUUAUUUUUAUUAUUUUAUUAUUUCCCUUCUACGUGACUUUACCGAAAGAACCAAGAUGAAUCCCUGCAGUCACGAAAGCUUUAAAUCGAUAUUGUUUUUUUGUAUCUCUAAUUAAUUAUCUUAAUGGUGAUAAUAAUAAUGGAGUGGCAGCCGAGGAAUGGAGUGGGUCAGAGAGGGAUGCCCAGCGAGGAGGCUGAAAGGAUCAUGAAGCAGGAUGGAUUAUUAUUCAAUAGCAGAUUCGUGAGAGGUUUGGUUUGGUGGCAGCUGCAUUGGGGGAAGCCCUUCAUCCUGCAGUGGAUUGACCAUGGCUGAUGAUACUUUAUUACAGUUUCCCUAACCAUUAUAUCUCACAGUUGACCUUAAAUAUAUUUUUGUAAUAUUCGCAUAUACAUACUCGUGCAACAACCGCCGUUCGCCACUAAGUGGCGGUGACAUCACGGUGUUUUUGCCAGGCUAGGUGCACCUUGAGGCCACGUGAAGUGUCGAAGGCUCGCUGGUAAGAGGUCACGGGGCAGACACUCGUGCAUGUAAAGACAUACACACAAAGACCCUCCUUUAGCCAUACAGGUGGUUGGGACAAAUGCAGACACUUGGACACAUUCACUCUGGUAGGGGAAACAAAUGUGAACAAAGAGAGAAUCUUACAUUCGUAAGAUAUGAUGGUAGAUCAAAUAAAUAUCACAUUGACGAGCAAGAGAGAAACGUAGUUUAAACAGGAGUAACUUUAAUGGCAUAAGAGUGGCGAAACGCCGUCGUUUCCUGCCAACUUGGAAGUUGAACGUGCAAUGGCGCUCUGACAUAAAACAAAACUUUGUAUUUUAUUUUACCAGUUAAAGUUCAUUGAGCUAUAUAGCUCGUUUUCAAAAGCGACCUGGCCACAAAUAAAAGCUCAACGGAGUGGCUGACCAUGUGCAAAUUUAUAGCAACCACCAAAUACUCUAAGGAGAUACAUUGUGUGUAAGGGCGCCUUGUAAACCUCAAUUGAACAGGAAGUAGACGCAUAACAGGGUCGGUACAGAUUCGUAAUUCACACAAAAAUCAGUUCACCGCCUUGUGUCAAAGAACAGCCCCUGAAGAGAUGACAUGACGACGAACUACUGUUGAGGACCCUGCAGUUGCCGGAGAAGUGGUUUGAACGUGAAUCCAGCAACGGGGGGCCCCGUUACUCAAAAUCGACAUUGAAAAUAAUUACCCCCACAUUUGAGUAAUUUAAGAAUUAAGCAUAUGGUGAGUGAUCCCGUACCGCGAAACUUUGCAGGAUUUUCCUGCAAAUGAGUAGUUUAGGCUUGGUGAGGCUUUCCUGGUUAAAUGUCAGGGAUUGAUUGACCCGUUUAAGUAUCCUUUGUUCUUGUGUUAUCUUUCACUUGACAGUAGCUGUUAUUUUUACCAGCCUGUAAAUGUUUCGUUUAGCUGGGGCGCUUGUACGAGUUUGUGCGCUCCUUGAUUUAGCGAUGCUUAUUGUCUUCGUAAUAAACGACUGAUUGUAUUUUU